GCGGGGCUGAGGCCAGUGCGCAUGCUCGAGACCUUCCAACAUGAGUGCCGCUUCACGUCUCAAGACAUCUCGCGUCCAGUAACCAGCAUGGGCAGUGAAGAGGAAUAAACUAGUUAACUGCUGUGUGGAGGACAGAAGUUUUUUUUUUAAACCCAGCGUGACUCCUCUCUCUUCACACUCUAGCAGUCCAGCAAGUUCCCAGCAUCAUGGCUGAAGAAGACUAUGGCAGCUUUGUGGACUUGAACCAAAUGGGGGAUCUGGCCAAGAGUGGCGGGCCUACCAAGGUAGACUGCAAAGACCUGAAAGAGUUCAAGCAGAUGGCCCGCCAGGGUUACUGGGCCAAAAACCACAAACUACGGGCACAAGUCUACCAUCAACUUAUCAAAGAUAUUCCCUGUCGUACAGUCACCCCUGAUGCAGAAGUGUAUCGUGACAUCAUGGGAAACUCAGCCACUAAGAAACCUUCCUCCCACAUCCCACUACCAGACUUUGUGGAUGGUAUUCCUUUGCCAAGGUACUGCCUAAAGCCAGAGGCGGUAGCAUCAGCUCAUCAAAUUAUCAACUGCCUGGCUGGACAGUUUCCAGAUAUCUCCCACUGCCCGUCACUUCCGGCUGUUACUUCUUUGCUCCUGCACUUCAGUGUAGACGAGGCUCAGUGUUUUGAGCACGUCAGCCGCAUGCUGGCCUGCAACGAGCCCGGCAAGCGGCUGCUGGACCAGACUUUCCUGGCCUAUGAGUCGGGAUGCAUGACGUUUGGUGACCUGGCCAACAAGUACUGCACAGCCGCCCACAAGUUAGUUAUAGCCACAGCCCAGGAUGUGAUGGAAGUCUACUCAGACUGGCAACGCUGGGUGCUCGGAGACCUCCCUUUCAGCCAUGUUGUCCGGGUGCUGGACGUCUACCUAGUGGAGGGCUACAAGAUUCUCUACCGUGUGGCUAUAGCCUUGCUCAAGUUCUACUGUAAGCACAAAGCGGGAGCCCAAGGGGGCCAGAGCAACCAGCCGGAUUCAAGCAAAGUCAGGGCGGACAUUCAGUCUUUCAUCAAGGGCAUUGCCUCCACCGUCACACCCGAGAAGCUGCUCGAAAAAGCCUUCUCCAUCCGCCUGUUUAGCCGCAAGGAGAUCACUCUGCUGCAGCUCACAAAUGAAAAGUCCUUGCAGGAGAAGGGAAUCACUGUCAAACAGAAGCGGCGAAACGUACAGCUGGCCCUUAACCCAGACACCUUCUCCUCUGAGAUCGUCAGCGCCAAGGAAAUGCGAGACAUCUGGUCGUGGAUCCCUGAGCGCUUUGCCCUGUGUCAACCACAACUCGUCUUCACCACCUCCACCCAUGGUUGCAGCCUGAACAGAUUCUACUCACAUUGUGAAGGCUACGAACCCACUCUGCUCCUCAUUCGGACCACCGAUGGAGACGUAUGUGGAGCCUUCCUAUCCACAGACUGGGAGGAGCGGAAGAGAGGAGGAAACAAAUUGAGUUUCUUUGGCACAGGGGAAUGCUUCGUCUUUAGGCUGAAGCCAGAGAUUGAGCGCUACGAGUGGGUGGUGAUCCGCCACCCGGAGCUGGCCUCCUCCAUCAAGGUCCAGGGUGAAGACGACACGGCGUCCUCUGAAGGCCAGAACUCUGAGAACCAUAGCUUACAGCAGCCAGAGAAAGCUGCAGGAGAACUGUCGCCCUUCCUCUCCGCUCGCCACUUCAACCUUAACUCCAGGAAUACUUCCAUGUUCAUGGCUGGAAACUUUGACUCAAUCAUCAUAGGGGGAGGUGAAGGCAAUGCUCUUUACAUUGACUCAGAACUGAACCAUGGGCGCUCCGGCAGCUGCGCCACCUUUGACAACCCGCCCCUGUGUGCAGAGACCUUCCAAGUUGCACUGCUGGAAGUUUGGGGUUUCCAGGAUGCCAUGGCUUCAUAAUGCUGCGCACACACACACACACACGCAAGACACAUUCAUGUUGAUCCAUACAUAUCACAUACAUAGACACAUAGGUGCAUAAAUCCUGAUUAUGUCCAGCAGUAUUUGAGGUGGAAAACCCAUAAAUGUAAACAGAACUACAUCCGUCCUACAAAUUCAUAUAUGAUUAACUAUUUUUUAAUUUAUUAUCGCAGCUAAUCCAAAUUCCACAUGUGAAAAAAUGUGAUAUAUUUGUUUGGUUUUGUGUUUAUUUUUGUAUUUACAGAUUUGUAUUACUGUAUACUAAUUGUUUUGCGUGCAGUCAUAUGAAGGAGGUGUUUAGAUCAACUCUAGAUAAAGGUUUAUCUAGAUGGUCUUUUAAUGUCGGCUGUGUAUUCAUGUUGAUGCUGAGCAGCAAUAUUUUAAUUUCUGACUUCAGUACUUUUUGUUCUGUGGUUUAGGACUUUCUGCCAAAUUCACUUUCAGCUAUCUCUCAGUCCUUAAGAAUAUAUCAUUAACCAGAAAAUGUCGAUAAACUGAGGUUUACGAGAAAAAGUCAAGUCAGUAAAAGUGUUUUAAAUGUUGAAACAAUAAGAUGGACUAAAGUUAUACCAGGGCAGCUUUUGCCAAGUACCAUCACUACGUGGGAGAUCUUUUAAAUUAAUUAACGUGGUACAUGUUCGUGGAUAUCAGUGGUGAGUUUGAGUGUUGCCAUUUUGCACCAUACGUGAAAGUUUUCGUUUAAAUGAGUGUCAGUCUCUCCUUUGUAUAGAAUAACAGUCAUCUUAAAAGUCAAGGUGUUAUUGGUUUACAAGCAGUUAAGAUAAAUGCAGUUUGCUCAUCCUUCUCCUCUUUUUACCCUUUUCCCUGUUACCUCCGUCCUCUUCCCUUGUGCAAAUAGUAAAAAAAGUCCAAAUCUGUGCACUGUUGGAGUUAUACAGCCUAUUUGUAUGUGCUCCAGUGAAACAUCAAUCGAUGUGUUCUACAUGUGAAAAUACAGCAAUACGCUUUCAGUA